GGGCCACGACCAUGACAUCAACCAUCACGAAGUUUUUCCUCCCUCCUUUCGCUUCAUCCUUCAAUCCUCUCCAAAAUAAAGCAGCAGCAGCAACAAAGAAACAUGUCCAUCCAACAAUGGACCACCGACCUCACCGGUCUCUCCUCCCUGGCCCAAUCCACCGCUCCUCUCCCAUCCCCAGGCGACAAUGAAGUCCUGGUCGAGAUUCGCGCUGUCUCCCUCAACUACCGCGACAUCGAAGUAACCAAAGGCGAAUACAACCACCACCAAUCCACCUCCACCACCUCCCCCCGCACAAUCCCCUGCUCCGACAUGUGCGGCAUCAUCACCCGCACCGGCCGCAACGUCACCCGCUUCACCAUCGGCGACCGCGUCCUCUCGACCUUCCUCCCCGACCACCUCACCGGCCAAGUCACCGAGAAAGAAUUAUCCACGGGUCUAGGCCACCCCGCCCCGGGAGUCCUCUCUACGCACCGAGUAUUCCCCGAACACGGGCUCGUCAAAGCGCCCCACCAUCUGACCGACGAAGAGGCCUCCACGUUACCCAUUGCGAGUGUCACAGCGUGGAUGAGUCUGCGUGAUCGAGCUGCGAAAGGCAAAGUGGUGCUUUUGCAAGGCACGGGCGGAGUGGCGGUUGCGGGGUUGGAGAUUGCGAAGGCGUUGGGAGCUACCGUGAUUAUCACCUCGUCUUCCGAUUCUAAAUUGGAGAAAGCGAAAUCCCUCGGCGCAGACCACACAAUCAACUACCGUACCACACCUCACUGGGAUCAGGAGAUUCUCCGUCUUACGAACAAUCACGGCGCGGAUAUUAUUCUCGAGACGGGGGGUGCGAAGACUCUACGGAAGAGUUUCGAGUGUAUUGCCUUUGGGGGGUUGAUUAACUGUAUUGGGUAUUUGUCUGGGAAGGUGGAUGAUGAGGCUGAUGAUCGGAUUAAUGUGAAUUUGUUGGCGUUGAGGAGGACGGUUACCCUGCAGGGGAUUAUUAAUGGGCCGAGGGAUCGGUUUGAGGAGAUGGUGGGGGUUUAUGAAGAGAAGGAGAUUAGACCCGUGGUGAGUAGAGUGUUUGGUUUGGGGGAGGUGAGGGAGGCAUUUGGGUUUUUGGAGGGCGGGGGGCAUUUUGGGAAGGUUGUUAUCAAGCUAUAGAAAGCAUCCUUGUAAUAACAAUAACAAAGUAAUAGAUAG